UGGAUUGACUGUGGAAAAAUUAUCUUUGGAAAGUGUACAGACCAACCAAUUUAUAACGUAUGAACUAUGAAGAAUUAAAUAAAUACGUUUUUCAACUAAAAUCAUGGAUAUUAAGUAUGAAGAUACCGUGCAGUGCCUUUUCUUUAAGUCUUCACGAGAAAAUAUUAAUUGGGACGAAUUGUGCCAAACUUUGAAUGCGACGGCUAACUCAUUGUCCAAGGAAUACAUUUGGCAUCGAGAUGAGUUUAAAAUUUGUCAACCAUUAAUAACAAGCGAAGAUUCCAUUCCACCUCACCUUGUAAGCACAACAUGUUUUGGAGACAACAUAGAAGAUGAAUGGUUCAUAGCUUACUUAGUUUUUAAAUUAACAGAAGUACACAAGGGGUUAAUAGUACAGAUAGAAGAUAAUGAUGGAGACUUUCUGUUGAUAGAAGCAGCAGAUUUUUUACCUACUUGGGCUAAUCCUGAAACAACUCGAAACAGAGUAUUCAUUUACAAUAAUCAUGUUCAUAUAAUUCCACCAACUCUGGUAGAACUUAAAACACCUCUUGAAAUAACUGAUGCACUAAAACUGAUAGUGGAUCAUCCAAGAGAAACAAAAGCAUCAACACAAAUAGAAAAUGCUAUCCAUGAAAAAAUUGGAGCUUAUCCUGAUAGAAUAAAAGCAUUGUGUCACACAGCAACAGUCAGUCUUCCAGUUGAUAUAGCUGCGCUACUGAAACUGAGACCUGCUCUAAUAUCACAUCUUGUUAACACCUAUUGCAAUCAUGAUGUUAUUGAUGCAAAAAAAUGUAAAACACUUAAAUUAGACAAUUGCAUUGAUGUAAGUGUAAAAUUUACGAAAUUUCAAUAUGCAAUGCUCUUACAUGCAAAGCCACCAAACAGUUUUGGACGUAAGAAUACCUCGUCACAGAACAAAAAAACAGAAAUUGGUUACAAAUUAUCUUUUGGUUUUCAACUUAUUAUGAAUCAAUCAAAAAGAGACAAGUUUUCAUCCCCCGAGUAUAAUAAGUAUUUAAAUAAUUUAAAGAAAAAUAAUUACUUUAAUGGUAACAUAGAAGGCUCAAAGGUUUACAAUCAAUUGUUAGAAAAAGCACAGGAAUAUUUCAUAGAAACGGAAAGUCCAGUGAUUUCAUAUAUUUAUGAAAAUAUAGCACAACAUAUGGCCUCAAGUGAAUAUAAAGCACUCAAAGAAUCAUUGCCACAAAACAAUCAUUUAUAUUUAUGUGAGGAAGAAAGUGACAAUUGGUUAAAUGUAAGUCCUGAUGAAUUAGAUGAUUUAUUGAAUCAAAACUACAAAAAGCAGGUGCGGUCUGAUGACCUUAUAAAACCUAGCAUUGUCACAUCUGGUUUAUCUAAAUUUCUCUCUCAAAGAUCGGAUUAUGAAGGAAUUGAAGUUAAUGAAGAUGGACACAAAGAAACUGCUCAUAUCCAAUUUAAUUCUGAUCAGUUUUUCACAUCACUUCAACAAAUGUUGGAUGUUGUAACACUAAAUGAUAGUGAUGAAGACUGUAGUGAUUUUAGUGAAACAGAGCCUCAAGAUGAUUACAUUGCGGUCCAGCAACAGCUUGAACAAGAACUUGCAUCUAAAAUAUGUGGAGACAAUCGAACAGAUUUAAAAGAUGAUGCAUGCAUUUUAUCAAACUUAGUAAAUAGUAUGAAGGAAGAAGGAUUAUCAGGACCAACAAGCAAUAUUUUCAAAUCAAUAGGAAUAAAGAAAUCGGAAAUACUAGAUUCUGAUGAUGAUGAAAUAGAGUAAUUGAUAUUAUGAAUAAUAUGUUCCAGAUAAUUUUUUUGCACAAAGUAAUAUUAAUUAGAAUAAUCUGACCCUAUUUUAAGCAUUAAACAAAGAUGGUCUGUCGUUAGCU